CGGGGAGAGCCUCACCGCUUACGUCACGUUUCCCAAAGUUGGCCGCGGGAAAAAAAGAAGUAACCUUCCGUGAUACUCCUCCGGUAACCUCUUCUUCAUCCAUCUCAACUAACUAGUCCCUGGUCUCCUUCUUCCACGCAGGAAACCAACCCGGAACUCUCGCCAUGGCGAACCCAAGGCUUCCAUUCCUUUAUCCAAAUUUGAUGCGAGCAGUUAAAGCCUGCGAACCAUCCACGUAUCGCUCCAUCCGCAUUCCGUCAAAUGCCCGCCCACCGCGAGCCCCCUUUCACACCACUCCAAGACACGCCCAAGACACAUACCAGCGAAGAUAUGGGCCUGCAGUAGAGCCAAAUCUACCCCCUCCGUCCCGGCCGAAGGAUGGUUCUGCCUCCCAGCAACCCCAUAAUCACUCUCCGGAGAACACCAGCAAUGUUAGUUCCCCGCCGGAACAGCCUCCGCUACAGGACAGCCAGAAUACCCAGAAAAGCGAUCCCACCACGACUGCUUCCCAGCCAGAUGACCAGAGUACGACCAAAUCUGACGACAGCAAGAGUCUUGAGGAGCAGGAACCGCUGUUGGAGGAAGAGCCUAUAGUCGAAAUCCACGAAGACAAGCAAGAAUCGACUUCGCCCGAGGAGCCCACCAGUGAAGAACAAUAUGCAUCUCAACCAUUGGGCGAUAAUCCCCUUGAUGAAGUCCUCCAUAUGCCCUCUCCUACGUCCUAUCUGACACCAACUGCUACCCUCAGCGAGAACCCUCCGCAUAUGGCCCCUCCCCCUUACAUUCACCAUUUCGACUCGUACACUCUCGUGCGUGAUCUCGGCAACGGUGGUUUUUCCGACAAGCAAUCGAUCACAAUUAUGAAGGCGGUCCGGAAGAUUCUCCAGAAAAAUCUCGACUUUGCAAACCACAGCCUGACCUCCAAGUCUGAUGUCGAGAAUGAGUCAUACCUUUUCCAAGCGGCUUGUUCGGAGCUUCAAUCUUCACUCCAGACGGCGAGAAACGCUGAAACCCAGCACCAACGUGCGUCGCGCGCACAUUUGGAACAUGAGUCGGAUAUACUUUCCCAGAGGACGAAUCAGGAGCUCGCCGGUCUAAAGGACGAUAUCAAAGGGAUGUUCAACGACCACAAAAUGGUAGUCCGGGAGCUCCAGCGAAGCAUUGAUACAUCAGUCCAAGAACUCAAUUAUAAAAUCACUGUGUCCUUGAACAGCGAUAGUAAGAGCGAGAUCGAGGGUCUACGUUGGAUUCUCACGAGACGCGCUGCAAUGGCUAUUGCCAUUAGUGCUUUUAUGAUCAUUCUCUUCCUGAAAUAUCUUUCUGUUCAAAAGACCCAGAACAACGCCGCCAAGAAGGAAGAACCCCCCAAGGAGUCUAAGGAGACUCGCACAACAUCAGAUUUUGCCCCGCAUGCUAAAGAAUCUGUCCCCGCGGCCCAUCUCAGCGAAUCUUUGGGCUGAAUGUAUGUAUAUAUACACCUUACCUAUUCACACCACCCCUCUUUUCAUUUUUCACCAACUGUAUAUUAUCUGUCUUGCACUACAUCAGCAUUCUUUAGACUUUCCUUGGCUUUCAUAUGUCUUCAAUUUUCCCUAUAACACUUGUCUUAGGUAGGGGUUUUUUUUUUUUUUUUUCAACAUAACCUCCUCAAUUCGGGCGUUAAUCAAGGUUCAAUACCUCACUUCGAUACCCUCUAGACAGUGACGCAAAUAGAUC